UUUCUGUGGAAGGGGUUGAUAUUAAUUCAAGAAGUAUCCCUGAUGGCUUCAGAUUCAGUCUUGUCUCUUAUAACAUUUUGGCACAGGACCAGGUAAUGGGGAAGCCGAUCGCGAAGAGACCUAAAGUGGGGCGCUUGUUUCCACUAUUUUUACCUGUUCCAGAUUUUUCUCCACUUUCUUCUAUUGAGUCUUUUGCUUGUAAUAAUGUUUCAGAUCUUAGUAUGGUGUGGCAUCGUCGUUUAGGCCAUCCCAAUCCUCAGAUCUUAUCUCAUGUAUUGAACUCUGAUUUACCUGAUAAUAAGGAUCGUUCUUCUUUAUCUCGAGUGUGAUUCUUGCAAACUUGGUAAAAGUAAAACUCUUCCCUUCCCUUUGCAUGCAAGUAGAGCAUCUCACUGCUUUGAUCUUAUCCAUAGUGAUGUUUGGGGACCUUCCCCGGUUAGUUCACAUGAGAAAUUUAAAUAUUAUGUGACUCUCAUUGAUGAUCAUAGCAGAUUUACUUGGGUCUACUUUCUUCGCUCUAAAUCUGAGGUCUUUCGUACUUUCACUGAGUUUUUAGCGUAUGUUGACAAUUAAUUUUCUACUUCUAUUAAGACAUUACGCACAGAUUCCGGUGGUGAGUAUUUGUUUACUGAGUUUCAAGCAUUCUUGGCUUCUAAGGGUAUUAUUCAUCAACAUUCAUGUCCCUCUACUCCUCAACAAAAUGGAGUUACCGAACGCAAAAAUCAUCAUCUUCUAGAUGUGCUACGUACUCUCUUGUUAGAAUCUUCUAUUCCAUCCAUGUUUUGGGUAGAGGCUCUAAAAAUUGCCACUCACUUGAUUAAUCGUUUACCUUCUCAAGUCCUACAGAUGGAAUCUCCCUAUUUCUGCUUAUUUGCUAUGCAACCUAGUUAUGAUCACCUUCGUAUUUUUGGUUGUGUAUGCUUUGUUCAUUUACCUCCUCAUGAGUGACAUAAAUCAUCAGCUCAAUCUGUUCGAUGUGCUUUCUUAGGAUAUAAUAUGUGUCAAAAGGGAUUUGUUUGCUAUGAUCCUACAUUACAUCGUACACGUAUUUCUAGGAAUGUUAUUUUCUUUGAAAAUCAACAUUUCUUUCCUGUAUCCUCUUCUACUGUGUCAUCCUCUUCUACUGUGGUCCUCCCCUCCUUUGAGCAGCAGUUCUCAGAUCUUCAUCCACUCAGUUCUCGCUUUCAACCAGGUAUUGUGUAUACGAGAUGCUCUCGCCCACAGUCUCUUUUGGUGGCUCACCCGAUAUUUGAUCCUACCAUGCUCCAGAUUCAGUCAGUUGCAGUACCUCCAGCACCUUCAGUACGUCGUUCUUCUCGAGUGUCUGUACCUCCGAAUAGGUAUGGAUUUCCCUCUUCCAGUUCUGGCAAUUCUAUUUCAGCCCUUACUGCUGCAUUGUCCAAUUUUAAUAUUCCCACAUGCUACUCAUAUGCUGCCAAGCAUGAUUGUUGGCGACAAGCUAUGCAGGAAGGAAUUGCCGCUCUAGAGGCCAAUUACACUUGGGACAUUGAGCCCUGUCCUCCCACUAUUAUUCCUCUGGGUUGCAAAUGGGUUUACUCAAUCAAGGUCCGAUCUGAUGGAAGUUUGGAUCGUUACAAAGCUCGGCUUGUUGCACUUGGGAAUAAUCAGGAAUAUGGUGUCAAUUAUGAAGAGACCUUUGCUCCUGUGGCUAAAAUGACUACUGUUCGUACGAUUCUAGCUCUUGCUGCUUCCAGUGAUUGGCCACUACAUCAGAUGGAUGUAAAAAAUGCUUUUCUUCAUGAGGAUCUUAAAGAGUGUAUUUAUAUGAAGCCACCCCCGAGAUUGUUUCUCUCUCCGACUUCACAUGUGUGUAAGCUUCGUUGUUCUCUUUAUGGUCUCAAACAGGCUCCGAGGGCCUGGUUUGAUAAAUUCUGCACCACUUUAUUACAAUUUUCAUUCAAGCAGAGCAAGUAUGACACUUCCUUGUUUCUUUGGAAAUCAAACAUGGGUAUUGUUGUUCUUUUGGUUUAUGUUCAUGAUAUUGUGAUCACUGGUUCCGAUUCUGCUUUACUUGGUUAACUCAAAACUCAUCUCUCCGAGUCCUUUCAUAUGAAAGAUCUUGGGUCUCUCACAUAUUUUCUUGGUCUUGAGGUGCAUCAUUGUCCCUCUGGUAUUUCCCUCAAUCAACAUAAGUAUGCGAGUGACUUGGUGGCUAUAGCUGGUCUACAAGGAGCUACUUCUGUUGAUACUCCCAUGGAAUUAAAUGUUAAGCUUUGCAAAGAGGAAGGCGACUUACUUGCUGAUCCCAGUUUAUACAAGAAGUUGGUGGGUAGUCUUGUUUAUCUCACCAUUACUAGACCGGACAUUUCUUUUGCUGUACAGCAAGUCAGCCAGUUCCUUCAGACUCCUCGUCAUCUUCAUUUGGCUGCUGUUCGUAGGAUCAUACGCUAUGUUCAAGGCACUUCUACUCGUGGCUUGUUCUUCCCUGCAGGCAAUUCUACUCGCCUUGCUGCUUAUAGUGAUGCUGAUUGGGCUGGUUGUGCGUAUACCCGUCGCUCCAUCACUGGUUGGUGUGUGUUCUUAGGUGAUGCAUUGAUAUAUUGGAAAAGUAAGAAGCAAGACAGAGUCUCUAAGUCAUCUACGGAAUCUGAGUACCGGGCGAUGUCUCUUGCUUGUUCUGAAAUCAUUUGGCUUCGAGGUUUGCUUGCGGAGUUAGAUUUUUCUGAGACCGAUCCUACACCUCUACAUGCCGAUAAUACAAGUGCUAUUCAGAUCACGGCCAAUCCUGUCUAUCAUGAGCGCACAAAGUAUAUUGAAGUAGACUGUCACUCUAUCCGUGAAGCCUUUGAAGCUCGUGUUAUCACUCUUCCACAUAUUUCCAUUGACUUACAAGUUGUUGAUAUCUUCACCAAGGCUCUCCCUCGUCAUCGACAUUGCUUGCUAAGUAGCAAAUUGAUGCUUGUUGAUUAACCUGCAUCAAUUUGAGGGGGGCUGUCAAAGGACAACUUGCUGUCCACACUUGACAACUUGCUGUCCACCACUUGCUCUUCUUUCCUUUUUUUAGCCCACAAUUGUUUCCUUAUUUUAGCCCACAAUUGUUUUCUUAUUUCUCCAUUUAUUAUUCUGUACAGUUAGCAUAUAUUUGAUAGAUUAUAGUUUACAUGUAUAGGGCUAGAAUCAUGCGGGAAUUUAUUUGCUUUUAUUUGCUUUCCAUGUAUAGCAUCCUUGUAAAGUCUAUAUAUAAUAUACAAAACUCAAGGCCAAGGGAUUCGGCCAUUCAUACAAUAUUUUGACAUUUUCAUCUUUGUCGUCACUUGUGUGUGAGUCCUGUCAGCUUGGGAAACAUACUCGUGUCUCGUUCCCAAAGCGUUUGAAUAAUCGGGCAAAGUCUCCUUUUGAACUUGUCCACACUGAUGUUUGGGGUCAUUGUCGGACCGCGUCUACUUUAGGAUUUUAGUAUUUUGUCACUUUCAUUGAUGACUAUUCUCAAUGUACUUGGUUAUUUUUAAUGAAAAAUCGAGUUGAUUUAUUCUCUAUUUUCCAGAAAUUUUAUGCUGAAAUCCAAACCCAGUUCAAUAUUUCUAUUCGUGUGUUGUGCAAUGACAAUGCAAGAGAAUAUUUUUCUACACCAUUUACUUCAUUUAUGUCCCAACAUGGGAUCAUUCAUCAGUCUUCUUGUGCUCAUACUCCUCAACAAAAUGGGGUAGCUGAACGUUAGAAUCGACAUCUUGUUGAGACAGCUCGUACUCUCCUUCUACAUAGUCAUGUUCCUUUUCGUUUUUGGGGGGACGCUGUUCUUACAACAUGUUAUUUGAUUAAUCGUAUGCCCUCAUCUGUAUUACACGAUCAGAUUCCUCAUUCCCUUCUUUUCCCUGACCAACCACUUUAUUUCCUUCCUCCUCGUGUUUUUGGUUGUACUUGCUUUGUUCAUAUUCUCACUCCUGGACAGGACAAACUUUCUGCCAGAUCCACAAAAUGUAUCUUCUUGGGAUAUUCCAGACUUUAAAAGGUUUAUCGUUGUUAUUCCUCUAAGACUCAUCGCUACUUUCUCUCUGCUGAUGUUACUUUCUUUGAGGACUCACCGUUUUUCUCCACCUUUGAGUCUCUUCCUGUUUCUGAAGUCUUACCCCUUCCCAUUAUCUCCCCACCUGAUGCAGUGCCUUCUCGCCCACUUCAGGUUUAUCAUUGCCGUCAUCGUGUCGCUGUUCCUCCCUCUUUGGCCGCGGUACCUGCUGACUCACCUCCUAUCCCUUCGGCUUCUCCUGUCCCGGCUCUGCCUCCUUCUGCUGACUUACCCAUUGCUCUUCGGAAAUGUAAUCGAUCUACUCGUUAUCCUCAUCCCAUUUACAAUUUUUUGAGUUACCAUCGAUUAUCUUCACCCUAUUCUGCAUUUGUUUCUGCUAUAUCUUCUGUUUCUCUUCCCAAGAGCACCCUUGAGGCUCUUUCCCAUCCAGGCUGACGACAAACAAUGGUAGAUGAAAUGGCUGCUUUACACUCCAAUGCUUGGGAUCUUGUUGUUUUACCCUCUGGUAAAUCUACAGUUGGUUGUUGUUGGGUCUACACAGUUAAGGUUGACCCUAAUGGUCAGGUUGAUCGCCUUAAGGCCCGAUUAGUUGCUAAAGGCUAUACUCAGGUUUAUGGUUCUGAUUAUGGUGACACUUUCUCUCUUGUUGCCAAGAUAGCUUCUGUUCGUCUAUUGCUCUCCAUGGCUGCUAUGCGUUCUUGGCCUCUUUAUCAGUUAGAUAUUAAAAAUGCUUUCCUUCAUGGGGAUCUUGCUGAGGAAGUUUAUAUAGAGCAACCACUUGGUUUUGUUGCUCAGGGGGAGUUUGGUUUAGUGUGCAGGUUACACCGUUCUCUAUAUGGCUUGAAACAAUCUCCUCGAGUAUGGUUUAGCCGUUUUAGUUUUGUUGUUCAGGAGUUUGGCAUGUUCCGCAGUACAGCAGACCAUUCCGUUUUCUAUCAUCAUAACUCUUCGGGGCAGUGUAUUUAUCUGGUAGUUUAUGUGGAUGACAUCGUCAUUACAGGCAGUGAUCAGAAUGGUAUUCAGAACCUAAAGCAACACCUUUUCACCCACUUUCAGACUAAAGACUUGGGGAAACUCAAGUAUUUCUUAGGGAUUGAGAUAGCUCAAUCUAGUUCCGGUGUGGUUCUUUCCCAAAGGAAGUAUGCUUUAGAUAUCUUGGAAGAAACCGGUAUGUUAGACUGUAAACCGAUAGACACUCCUAUGGAUCCAAAUGUCAAACUUAUACCAGGACAGGGGGAGCCUUUAAGAGAUCCUGGGAGAUAUCGGCGACUUGUAGGUAAACUGAACUACCUCACCAUUACUCGUCCAGACAUUUCUUUUCCGGUAAGUGUUGUUAGUCAAUUCCUACAGUCACCAUGUGAUAGCCAUUGGGAUGUUGUAAUCCGCAUUCUUCGAUAUAUCAAAAGCACACCAGGCCAAGGUGUGUUGUACGAGAACAGAGGUCAUACCUAAAUUGUUGGUUACACAGAUACAGAUUGGGCUGGCUCACCCACAGAUAGACGUUCCACUUCCGGGUAUUGUGUUUUUAUUGGAGGUAACCUAAUAUCUUGGAAGAGUAAGAAACAAGAUGUAGUGACCAGAUCUAGUGCUGAAGCCGAGUAUCGAGCUAUGGCUCUGGCAACAUGUGAACUCAUAUGGCUGAAACAUCUUCUUCGGGAAUUGAGAUUUGGAAAGGAUGAACAGAUGAAGCUCAUCUGUGACAACCAAGCCGCUUUGCAUAUUGCAUCCAAUCCAGUCUUCCAUGAAAGGACCAAACACAUUGAAGUUGACUGUCACUUCAUUAGAGAGAAGAUCGCAUCAGGAUGUGUGGCGACUAGUUUUGUCAAUUCAAAUGAUCAACUAGCAGAUAUUUUUACUAAAUCUCUUAGAGGUCCUAGAAUUAAAUACAUUUGUAACAAGCUUGGUGCAUAUAACAUAUAUGCUCUAGCUUGAGGGGGAGUGUUAGAUAAUGUAUAGUUAUUUAGGUUAUUUACUUUUCCUUUUCCUUUUCUUUCCUUACUGUAUUGUGGGUCCCACUAGCAUGUAUAUAUAUACCCAAGUCCAAUGUGUAUUCUCCUAGUUUUUCAAUAACAAUAAUUAGGGAUUCUCCCUUUUUCUCUCUCUCUCUUCACAUAAAUAUUGCUCUUUCUUAACAGCCUUGGAUUUUUGUUUAAUGAUGCAUACAUGCUUAUAAAAAUUCUCCUUGACUAGGCUUUAUCCUGAGCUAUUAGCUCUGGACUUUUUAUCAAGAUUGUAUUUCUGAUAUACUUAUA